AUGAAUUCAUCAUUACCUUCAAAGCACACCUCCGUGGUUGUCACCUACAUUGGGACUGCCACAGCAAUCAUCGAAAUUGAAGGGGUAACCUUUUUGACGGAUCCUUAUUUCUCGCCAGACGGGACGUCAUGGGAGGUGGUACCCGGAGUAUUCCUCACGAGUCACUACACUCCAGCUCUAGGCCUGUCAGCACUGCCGCCCAUUGAUGUAGUCCUACUCAGCCAUGAGGACCAUCCGGACAACCUAGACGAGGUGGGCCGUAGAUUGCUGGAUGGACGGAUUGUAUUCACAACUACCGAUGGCGCCCGGAAGCUGGCACCGCGGCCCGGCGUUCGGGGGCUCAAGCCCUGGGAGACGGUCAGAGUGGAACGGGCGGGCAAGACGUUCGAAAUCACCGGGACGCCUUGCCGGCAUCUUCCCGGUGGUGAAUGUACGGGGUUUGUGCUGUCGACGGCGAACUUGGGAAUGACGGAUGGCCGGCCCAAUGCCAUUUAUUUCUCGGGCGACACAGUCUAUAUCGAGGAACUUGCCGGCAUCAGGGGUCGAUUUCAUGUCUCGGUUGCACUCUUGAACAUUGGGGCGGCAGCAGCAGCGGUGCCAGGAAUGAAGGAGCCACUCUUGAUAACCAUGGACGGGAGACAAGCGGCACAGUUACAUCGCGACAUGGGAGCUGACGUAAUGAUUCCGCUGCAUUUUGAAUGUUGGGAUCAUUUUACUGAAGAUAAAGCUGCACUACAGAGGAUAUUGGAAACCGAGGGCAUCUCUGCCAAUGUACGCUGGCUUGAUCCAGGUGUUGCAACUAGAGUGAUAUAG